AGGGGCGCUCGCCACCGCGCCCUGCUCCCUUGGCCCGCGCGCGCCUAGCCCGCCGCCCCGGCGCGUCUGUCCUUAUAUGGUCAAAUGACUCGGCGGGGGUUCUCGAGGGCGGGAGCGGCGCGGGCUGCACUCCGCCCGCUGAGCCGCCGCCACCACCACCGCGCCACAGUCCGCUGGGUGUCCUAGACCCUGGCCCUGCUGGAGGCGAGUACUCCUGCCGCCGCCCAGGCCACAGUCUGGCCUGGUACACAAGAAUAGUCACCAGACAGCUGCCCUAGCACGCGUGGAGAGACACCGGUAGCCAGCGUAGCCCGACCGCGGGGCGGAGACCCGGGACAUCGGAGCAGGGCUGUGCAGACCGCACCGGGAUAGGGACCCCGAAACGGAGAGAGGACAGAUCCUGACGGUUGCUGUAGAGCUGGGUGUCAACAUGACUGAUCGCUUUGACUGCCACCACUGCAACGAGUCGCUGUACGGCAAGAAGUACAUCUUGAAGGAGGAGAACCCUCACUGCGUGGCCUGCUUCGAAGAGCUCUACGCCAACACGUGUGAAGAAUGUGGCACUCCCAUUGGCUGCGACUGCAAGGACUUGUCCUACAAGGACCGGCACUGGCACGAAGGCUGCUUCCAUUGCUCCAGAUGCGGGAGCUCGCUGGUGGACAAGCCCUUCGCCGCCAAGGAGGAGCAGCUGCUGUGCACCGACUGCUACUCCAACGAGUACUCGUCCAAGUGCCAGGAAUGCAAGAAGACCAUCAUGCCAGGUACCCGCAAGAUGGAAUACAAGGGCAGCAGCUGGCAUGAGACCUGCUUCACCUGCCAGCGCUGCCAGCAGCCCAUUGGAACCAAGAGCUUCAUACCCAAGGAGAACCAGAACUUCUGUGUGCCCUGCUAUGAGAAGCAGUACGCCCUGCAGUGCGUGCAGUGCAAAAAGCCCAUCACCACAGGAGGUGUCACUUACCGGGAGCAACCCUGGCACAAGGAGUGCUUCGUGUGCACUGCCUGCAAGAAGCAGCUGUCUGGGCAGCGCUUCACAGCCCGGGAUGAGUUCCCCUACUGCCUGACCUGCUUCUGCGACUUGUACGCCAAGAAGUGUGCUGGGUGCACCAACCCCAUCAGUGGUCUCGGAGGCACGAAGUACAUCUCCUUCGAGGAGCGUCAGUGGCACAAUGACUGCUUUAACUGUAAGAAGUGCUCCCUGUCCCUGGUGGGGCGCGGCUUCCUCACGGAGAGAGACGACAUCCUCUGCCCCGACUGUGGGAAGGACAUCUGAAGGCAGCGCGGAAGCCGCAGCCUGUGACGCGGAGAUUCGGAUAUUUUCUUUCUUAACCAGGCAAUGCUGUGUUCUGCUUCCCGCCAGUCACUGCAAGGCUUUCUCUCGCUGUCUCAGCUUCAUGUUAAUUGAAAUCCUUUAGCUCUCUGCACCACUUCAGUCCUAGCCGGGACUGUAAACCCCGGAUGGAAAGAUGACUUGGAAUUUUUUGGAGACACGAGGCAGAGUAAACGAAAACGUGCCCCAGCAUGUCUUUAUAAAGCACCCCUCUUACACUGCCUAUUUAAUUUUUAAGUGCAAUUAACAUCGUCAUGAAUGUGUUCUCAAGGGAGAGCUGGGAUUUGCAGCUUUGUAACUUCCUUUUUGUGUACACCCAGAGUAAGAUUUAUGUGACUUAGAAUAAAGUUAUUCAGAAUAAAACCUUUGGCCAAGCACAGUGUGUAAAAUUAUGAUUCAAUAUUGGGGUCUCCCUUUAAAUAACCUUCCUAAUGUUGUGCCCCUAAUACGGUUCCUCAUGUUGUAGUGACCCCUGACCAUAAAGUUAUUUCAUCACUGCUUCAUAACUGUAAUUUUGAUGCUGUUACGAAUUGCAUUGUCAGUAUCUGAUAUGCAGGGUAUCUGAU